AUGUCGACUACCAUUGGCGUGCCGUACGACGACCUUCGUCCGCAUGUCCUGCGACAGAAGAAGUCGUUCUUCCAACGGCUGAACGAAACUCACGACCAGCUUCUUUCGCACAUGCGGUCGUUGAAAGAGGAUCCGGUGCUUUCGGUCAAGCAAUCUGCGGAACGCACGAGGGCUUCAUCGACAACAUCGCUCACAUCAGUGCCGGAGUCAGAUCGGGAAAGCUCCCAGGACACUACACGAUGCACCGAAUUCGACCUCGAGACACCGAUAUCGAGCGGAUUCCUGUCCCCACCCAUCUCGCCCGUCGAAGGCAGCUUCUUCCCCAUCCAGCAAUUCCUAAUGCCCAUGGACCGCAAGCCCAGCAAAGAAUUCAUCCAAGGCAUGCAAGGCUACGUCCACUGGAAGCAAGCAACCUACGAGUCCACGCUCAGCCCACCCAUCUCCCCUCCCCAAACACCGCAAAGCAGCUACUCCUGGAGCUCCUCAAGAAGCACGCGCAGCGAGAUGUCCGACGAGGAGAUGGACGACUGGCUCGACCGGCCCAUGGACGCAGACGUACAUCGCUUCCGCAAGAUCUCCGCCUCUUCGCUGGAAGAAUCGUCAGACUCCGACAACGACGACGAGAAGAAGAUCCACGUCAUCCAAGAGCAGCCAGAAGACGAAGAUGACAGCGCGUCCCGCGAAGAACGCCAGCACAUCUCCGCUAUGUGGCGGGAGACGUGGUGCAUGCGCGACUCGCAGGCUGAUAUCUCGUUUGAAGACCAGAUCGGCGAGAUUGCGCCUGAAGCAACGCUGAAGGCUUCGCCGAGGUCGAACAAAUCUAGGAACCGCGAAUCCAGGUUAUUGUCGCUACCGGAUGGAGUGCUCCGCAACAUUGCUCUUCAUGUGCCGCAGGAGCACACGCAGCCUUUCCGGUUGAGCUGCGCGAAGUUCGAUUCCCUUGUUCAAACACCACUGUGCUCUACUUGA